AUGGACAACGCACACACCAAGACGGUUGAAGAAGUUUACAGCUUUUUUAACGUGAAUGAAAGCACAGGUCUGAGUUUGGAGCAAGUGAAAAAACAACGGGAGCGAUAUGGACCAAACGGAUUGGCUCUUGGCCUACUGGCUGAGAAUGUCAGUCAGCAAGGCAUGGCGAUGACAGCCAGCUAUGGUUACAAAGCUUAUACUGUGCUGGCCUGGUUUGAAGAGGGAGAAGAAACCAUUACAGCCUUUGUGGAGCCUUUUGUUAUCCUGCUUAUUCUCAUAGCAAAUGCUAUUGUAGGAGUCUGGCAGGAACGAAAUGCAGAAAAUGCCAUUGAAGCACUUAAGGAGUAUGAGCCUGAGAUAGGGAAGGUGUACCGCCAGGACAGGAAAAGUGUCCAGAGAAUCAAGGCCAGGGACAUUAUCCCUGGGGACAUCGUGGAGGUCGCAGGAGAGUCUGUGUCUGUGAUCAAACACACUGACCCUGUACCAGACCCGCGUGCUGUCAACCAGGACAAGAAGAACAUGCUCUUUUCUGGAACCAACAUUGCAGCUGGCAAGGCUAUUGGUGUGGUGGUGGCCACCGGCGGCGCCACAGAAAUUGGCAAAAUCCGAGAUGAGAUGGCAGCAACGGAGCAGGAGCGCACACCACUGCAGCAGAAGCUGGAUGAGUUUGGACAGCAACUAUCCAAAGUUAUUACACUGAUCUGCAUUGCUGUGUGGAUCAUCAAUAUUGGACAUUUCAAUGAUCCUGUUCACGGAGGCUCCUGGAUCCGAGGUGCCGUCUACUACUUCAAGAUUGCUGUGGCUCUGGCAGUUGCUGCUAUCCCUGAGGGUCUGCCUGCUGUCAUCACUACUUGCCUGGCUUUAGGAACACGGCGCAUGGCCAAGAAGAAUGCCAUUGUCCGCAGUUUGCCGUCUGUGGAGACCCUUGGCUGUACAUCUGUCAUCUGCUCUGACAAGACCGGCACGCUGACCACCAAUCAGAUGUCUGUGUGCAGGAUGUUUAUCAUUGAUCAGGCAGAGGGUGAUCGCUGCUCAUUAAAGGAAUUCACUAUUACUGGCUCCACAUAUGCCCCAGAUGGAGAAGUGUUCCAUGAUGGCAAAACAGUCAAAUGUUCCCAGUAUGAUGCCUUAGUGGAGCUGGCCUCUAUCUGUGCUCUCUGUAAUGAUUCCUCAUUGGACUUUAAUGAGACCAAAGGUGUGUAUGAAAAGGUGGGUGAGUCCACAGAGACGGCUCUCACGUGCUUGGUGGAGAAGAUGAACGUGUUUGAUACAGAUGUCAAAGGCCUGUCCAAGAUUGAGAGAGCCAACGCCUGUAAUUCUGGUGCCCCGGAGGGAGUGAUUGACAGGUGCACACACAUCCGUGUAGGCAGUAACAAGGUGCCCAUGACCCCUGGCAUCAAGGAAAAAAUACUGUCUGUGAUCAGGGAAUAUGGCAGUGGCAGGGACACUCUGCGCUGUCUGGCUCUCGCCACCCGAGACCAGCGCAUGAGCAAAGACGAGCUGGUGCUGGAGGACUCCACCCGCUUCAUAGAGUAUGAGACUGAUCUGACAUUUGUUGGCUGUGUGGGCAUGCUGGAUCCUCCCAGGGCAGAGGUGGCAGCCUCUAUUAGACUCUGCCGCCUUGCAGGCAUCCGAGUAAUUAUGAUCACUGGAGACAACAAGGGGACGGCAGUGGCUAUCUGCAGACGUAUUGGUAUUUUUGGAGAGGACGAUGAUGUUUCCAGCAUGGCAUUUACUGGCCGAGAGUUUGAUGAUCUCUCUCCUGCUGCUCAAAGAGAUGCUGUGGUCAAGGCCCGCUGCUUUGCCCGUGUUGAGCCUUCACAUAAAUCUAAGAUUGUUGAGUAUUUGCAGUCCUAUGAUGAGAUUACAGCUAUGACUGGUGAUGGUGUCAAUGAUGCACCUGCUCUAAAGAAGGCUGAAAUUGGUAUUGCCAUGGGCUCAGGCACAGCUGUGGCCAAGACCGCCUCUGAGAUGGUGCUGGCUGAUGACAACUUUUCCACCAUUGUAGCUGCAGUUGAGGAAGGCAGAGCAAUUUAUAACAACAUGAAACAGUUCAUCAGAUACCUCAUCUCUUCAAAUGUGGGCGAGGUUGUCUGCAUUUUCCUGACUGCAGCUCUGGGGUUCCCUGAAGCCCUUAUCCCGGUUCAGCUGCUCUGGGUCAACCUGGUGACUGAUGGUUUGCCUGCCACUGCUUUAGGCUUCAACCCACCAGACUUGGACAUCAUGAGUAAACCCCCACGCAACGCCCGUGAGCCCCUCAUCUCUGGAUGGCUCUUCUUCAGAUACCUAGCCAUUGGAUGUUAUGUUGGGGCGGCCACUGUUGGUGCUGCUGCCUGGUGGUUUGUUGCUGCUGAGGAUGGUCCAAGGAUCACCUUUUACCAGCUGAGUCACUUUCUGCAGUGCAGUCCAGACAGUCCAGACUUUGCAAAUCUAGACUGUAAGGUGUUUGAGUCCCCUUACCCUAUGACCAUGGCCCUGUCUGUGCUGGUUACCAUUGAGAUGUGCAAUGCUCUAAACAGUGUGUCAGAGAACCAAUCCCUGGUGAGGAUGCCUCCCUGGGACAACGUGUGGCUGCUGGGAGCCAUCUGCCUCUCUAUGUCCCUUCACUUCCUCAUCCUCUAUGUGGAGCCUCUCCCAAUCAUCUUCCAGAUCACCCCUCUGAAUAUGACACAAUGGCUGAUGGUGCUCAAGAUCUCACUUCCUGUUAUUCUACUGGACGAGAUUCUCAAGUUUGCCGCCAGAAACUACCUGGAGCCCGGUAAACAACUGGAGAAGCCUGCCAGCUGCAAAGGCUGCUGCUUGUCUGCAUGUAUGGAGGGCAUCUCCUGGCCCUUCGUGGCCAUUUGCCUCCCUUUGGUCCUCUGGAUCUACAGCACCGACACUAACAUGGCCGACAUGUUCUGGUCCUGA